ACAGCGAGCGUCACACAAGACACGACCAUUCCUGCCUAUCCCACCACUCAACCAUCCGUUUGCUGCAGCUGGCCACUCUUUGGGAAGGCGAGACCUCGACACGUAUCCGAGCGCGGCUUCUUGUGCGACGCCCCCACGCCGCCACCACCUCCAACCAGCACCGCGCAUCUCCAGCUCCCAUAGCCGAUCCAGCUGCACCUCGAGUGUCGUGUGAGCUUCACUUCACCAGCAUCGCUACCCGCCUAUCAGAUCCCGCCCCAACAUUGAUCGACGGAUACCCUUCGACGCCUCCAAUGAGCUGGCGCGUCUCACAUCCAAACACACGCCAAACAUGACCGACGUGGGCGCCGUACAUGAUCGUGUGUCCGAGCUGGUUGAAGAAGCCCACCACAACAACGAUCGCAAUGGACCUGCUCUGUACGCAUCAGGCGAGGAAGACUCGCGCGCCACUUCGCCAGGCGUUGGCAACCGAGUAAGUCUGAAGAGCGUCGACGAUGGCGAGGACAUCGAGCGACUGGGCCGAACGCGGCCGCGGGUGUUUCCAUACCAGAAGUACCUGCCUUACGAGACGGAGACUCGGGAGCAGCGCGAGCAGGACCUGGAUGAAAUGCUCAAGCAUCUCUACAUCGCAGUAGCGUCGGGCGACUUCGUACCCGGCGCGGUGCAUUGGACAAAAGAGAUUCGAGGAUGGAUGAGCUUGAAGUUCGACCUGACCAAGGUCCAGCGCGUCAAGCUUGUGAAGCUCUACUACGAGCUCGCGUUGGCGCCAGGUCUGGAAUAUGGAGUGUCAGAACGCUUCGCGAGCAUGUUCAUGGUCCUCACGAAGCGCAAGCACUACCUACGACCCGGCAAGGACCUCACGCUAGACUGGCGGCCUCUUUUCAAGGAGAUCAAGGUCUUUGUGCUUCCAUCGGAAAGCAGUACCCAGAACACCUACAGUUCGAAGCGUAACAUCAGGACCCUGACGAAGUUGUGCACCUUCGCCCAGCUCUUCUUCGAUCCGAGAGAGAUUCCGGCCAUGUUGGAGGAGUUUCUACCAUACUACAGCAUGUCCUUUUCAGAACAAGCGUUCGUGGUCUUCGGCUUGCUGAAUCUGAUGCUGCCGACUGCGGCGCCUCCUGCCGACGAUCCCAAGCUGCAGCCGCAGUACUACCUUCCCACAUUCUUCCAUCUCUGGUCGACGAUCAAUCGAUCGAUGACAACUGAUAUGCGUAUGCUUGACAUCUUUUCGCGGCAAGCGAGGGACUGCCUUGGAGCGUCUCACAUUCCAUUUGGCCCAAGCGGCAUCUUCACAGACGAACAGUCAUCAAUGGUUUUCACAGCUAUUCUGCGGUUGUUAGAGAUCCCUGUGGGCCAAGCAACGACCCCGUACAGCCCGACUGUGGACCUUGCCGCUGGUGUUGGCGUAUACCUCGACAGGGAUCCCAGAAAACACCCAGUCUCGCACAGCAUUGCCAGGUGGAUUGUCAUGUCAUUGUCCCCGCAAUGCCUUGAGGCAGAGAACGGACGUUCGGUAUUACAUCAGCUCGAAGCCCUCAUUCAAGGCAUCGAGACAUUUUUCCAUCCCUCAAAUGCGGGCGGCUGGACAAAGUCAUUAGCACAACUCGUGUACUACCUGGCGGAUUUUUUCGUCAUGCGAUGGAAUCGUGAGCAAAGCGGCGAGUACGAGAUUCCGGAAGAUCGCAAGCUGAACGAAGACGUGAAACGUCGCUUCGUGCUUUGUCUGCGAGAUGUAGUAUUCAUGGGCAUCUACGCCAAAAGCGGCACCGCCAUGAACUAUUCUCUGAGCACAUUGCAGAGCCUGGCAUUCCUAGAGCCCAACCUCAUUCUUCCAGGAGCACUACAGCGCAUCUAUCCUGCGAUGCAAGGUCUGGUCGAAGUCCACAGAACGAUAUCAUCGAUCCGUGCGUUACAGAUGUUGAGUAGGAUCAUCGCCCGAACGAAAGGAUAUCGGUGCCAUCUUACGACCUUACUUGGCUUGGCACUGCCCGGCGUCGACGCCAACGAUCUCGACAAGACCAUGCAUAGCUUGGCGUUCAUCCAGUCCGUCUGCUACAACAUCCCACUCUACGAUCUCACAAAAGAAACCAAGAGGGUAAAGAGUGAACUCAAUGGGGACUUUGAAAUGGUCGACGACGGCUCGCCAUCAGCGGCAGGAACUGGCACUGGGAUAGCAGUAGAGUGGAUCACGGGCCAAGUGGCACGUUUUGAAGAGGCCGGACCACUGCUCGAAGUUGACUAUUCCGCUGAGCUGAGCGACGAAGACGAGGAGAUGAUCCUCAAGUCCUCCACAGCUGGCUUUGCCGAAUUCCUGAUUAGCUUCCUGGGACGCGUGUUCACCCUCCUGCAGAACUUGCCAGAUGCCGCGCGAGUGAAGAGCGGCAGCCCUGAGGAGAAUGUGGUCAACACACUGCCGGCCACCUUUAGCCCUCUGUUGGCCAGCCUAAGUCCCGAACUGUACGACAUCGCACUCGAGCACAUUGCUCGAUUCGUGUCGAAUCACGUCGUCCACCAAGCUCGAGACGCAAUGGCCUUCAUCUGUAACGCACUUGUCAAGAUCUCCCCAAAGAAGGCUUUGCACAGACUCUUACCUGAUCUUAUCUCAAGCAUCAAGACUGAGAUCACGGAGAAUGGCGCCGGCUCCACCCGCACCACAGGUAGUGAAAUCUUGCCUCGUGAUCGAGCGCUUGUGUGGCAUGUGUCUCUGCUUAGUAUGUGCGUCGUCCAUGUCGGAGGAGAUGUGCUCGACUUCCAGGACGAGCUGUUCGACAUCGCUACUUUCAUGCAAGACACCUGCAAGGGCAUCCCACUUGUGCAUGUGUCCAACUUUGUGCAUCACUUGCUGCUCAACCUGACGGUCACCUACGCAAGAGACUUCGACCUGUUCAACAAGGCCGACUUGGAUCGCGGUCUUACUUCAGAGAGCUGGGGCAAGAUCACCGACCCGGCAGAUGUCGACAUCAAUUGGCACGUUCCUAGCCAAGCAGAACUCGAGUUUGCCGUGCGCAUUUUUGAGACUCAAGGCGGGCGUGCUCUUCAAGCAUUGAACAGUCUGAUCUCGGAUAAGGGAUCGGUCACCCGUGACGGGACUGGCAAAGACUGGUCUGACGAGGUAUCUCGGAAUCUUGUGCUGCUACGGCUGGUCAUCAGCGGCAUGUCCAGACUGUUCCGUUCCGACGAUGGCACAGUCACGCCUUACGUCUAUGUCAACGCCAGCCCGGCCAGCACUGACGACAAUUUGACUCUUGAAGAGGCCAUGCCUGAUACUGUUUCCAUUGCUGACGCCGGGGAUCUGAGCGUUCCCGAAGAUGAGCAGGUCAAGCGUUCAUUUCAAUAUCCAACUGGCUACCCUCUCGACAUUCACAGUCCACAACAUGAGACUGUGCAUCAGUUACGCAAGACUGCUGGCGAGACUCUGCACAAAGUGCACGAAUUCCUCGUCAAGAACCAGGAGGAUGAUGUACCGUGUUUCAACGCACUGUACACUGCAUACCGGUCCUGGUUCGUGGACAUUGGCAUAGAACGCUCAGCCCACGUACUAGACCGACUCACACGCCUCCUGAGUGCGGACAUACAUCCUUUCAAAUUCUCUGGAACCAGAAAGCAGUAUCCUCGGCCUUUGCUUGUGCGACGAGCCAAUCUCUACCAUUUCCAGCGACUGCGGUUCAAUGAGCAUCCGCGGGCGGCAUCAGAGCUUGACAAGACACUCCUGCUUGAUCUCGCGCAUUCGAGCACCUCGGUGUAUACUGACAUCCGACGCACCGCCCAGUCUGCGGGUGAACAGGCAAUGAAGAGUAUUGUCGGUGCCAAGCCACUUAUCAUUCCGCCAUUGCUCGAUGCCUUGGAGAAUGCUAUCAAAGCUGGCGAUCACCCCAAGAUUAAGGGUGCUGUUUUCACGCUUCUCUUUGGCAGUCUUGCAAAGCCAAUUGGUCGCAAUUGGAACUUCGCGCCUCGCAUGAUUCGAUUGUUCAUCCAAGUCUCUGAAGCGGAUAGGCCUAGCAUUCAGAAGCUUGUCGGCCAGUCAAGCUUUACAAUACAGGAUAUGACUAAGGCUAUGGAUCGCAUGGUGAUCCUCGACGAAGCCACCUUGGAAGCGAUUUGGCCAGACAAUCGGGACUCGACCGGCCUGACCGUUGCUCGCUCAUUGGACGACGCAAAGACUCUGAUCCCUCAGAAGAAAGAAAAGGUGCGAAACCGGCGCGCCGUCGUCGAGAAGCGCAAAUCAGAGAUGGCGCGCGAGCUCAUCGAAAGCGUGCGCAACAGCCACUGGAAGAAAGCUAGUAGAACCGCUGUCAUGGCUAUUGGUUUGGACUACCGAUUCGAGACAAUCGCCUCGGACGAUAUGCUCGAGCUCGUGGUGAAGGGCGUGAUUGAUCCCCACCCACAGCUGCGCACUCUGUAUGGCACAAGUCUGAACGCAAUUUUCAGCUUGGCACAAACAAGAGCACUUGUUGGUCACAAGUACGAGAACUACCUGUUGGAUGAGCAGAAGGAUCCGGAUGAGGUUUCAAUACCUACUGAGCGAGACGACCCCAGCUGGACGCAGCGCUACCUAGACACGUUCGCGAAGCCUGACGCCGAUGCGUACAUUGAUGCUGACUACCCAGGUUGGCUCGUGUGGCAGAAGACCAUGCGCGGUUUCCGCACAGGACCAAGUCAGCUCGAGUACGAUGCCACUGAGCAGAAGGUGCGCGCGAAGAUGGGUUCUUUCAUCGAUCGACACUGGCUCUCCACGUACUUCGGCUACAUGAAGCAAGAACCACGAGACAACGCUGAUAGGUUUCGCAUGUCGUUUUCCAUGAUUGUUGCCUACGCAAUGGAUUUGAUGGCCGAUGGUCUGACACAGGCUACCUGGGACGACUUCAAGGAUCUGGCCCAAGCUGUGUACGGUGACGGCAGCGACAAGCAUCAGCAUCGAGCCAUGGCCGAAAUCAUUGGCGCCAUGCUCAGCAGCUCUGAGGACUUCGAGCAUGAUCUCCGUACUCAGAUCUGGGGCUUUGCUUUUCCAAUCGUGCGCCGUAUCUUCACGGAUGGUCUCACUCCCGAGAAUAUCUCAUACUGGUCGACUUUUGUCACACUCAUCGUUGGGGGCAAGGAUCCGCGACGUGCGUGGCCAUUGAUUGACUGGUUGGCGGGCUUCCGUCUCGACAUGAACACAAGCGCUGCGUUCAAGGAGAGCUCCAAGAUCACUCUGCUGCAGCUUGUUGCUGGCGCUGCUGGAUGGCACUUCCAACUUCAUCGACCCAUCAUCCAGGACUUCCUGGAUCAUCUCGAUCAUCCCUACAAGAGCGUCCGAGAAGUUAUGGGUAGCACAUUGUCUACUAUCUUCCGCGGUCGCUAUCACGAAUCGUACAAGGACGUGCCGACCUUGCUUGAGAGUCAAAAGGCUGCAUCGUCCAUCGGUAGCAGGCCUUACCAGCCUACGGAAGAGUACAGCAGUAUCGUCAAAGACGUUUUUGAUCGCCUCGAAAACUGGCGCAAAGAACGUCCUGUGGGAACGCAGACGCCGACAUCCUACACACAAGCAAGCAAGACAGUAUUGCUGUGGCUGGAUGGCUCACUCGGCUCGUAUGAUUCUACUACCUUGGUUCCUUUCUUCCCUGGCGAAUUUAUGGAACAGCUAUUGCACAUGAUGGACAUCAAAGAAGAUCCCGAGCUGCAAGCCUUGGCUUAUCAUGUUUUCCGCCACCUGCCCAACAUUCCACAUCGCCCUGGUGAGGAUGUACCGUUCGUCGCUUCGCUUGUUCAAAUCGCCAAGAGCUCAGUCUCGUGGCACCAACGCUUGCGAGUACUCAUCAUCAUCCAAGUCAUCUACUUCCGCAACCUUUUCCUCAUGGACGCAAAGGAAGGCGAGGAUCUCUUCAAGUGCGUGCGGGAGAUGUUGCACGAUGUCCAGCUCGAGGUGCGUCUAGGUGCUGCCGCGACCCUCGGUGGCAUGGUUCGCUGUUCACCAGCAGACUAUCGCACCAAGAAGAUUGCCGAGCUGAAGAAGCAUUUCACGAAUCUUCUGAUCAAGAAUCCACUGCCAAAGAAGCCGAAGGGUGGCCUCGCACGUGCUGAGGGCACCAGUACUCCUACACAAGAACAGAACAAGCUCGUCCUCACUCGACACGCCGCUGUUCUUGGGCUCGGCGCGCUUGUACAAGCUUUCCCGUACACUUCUCCGCCACCUGAAUGGCUGCCUGAAGUGCUGGCUACGCUUGCUGGCCGCGCCUCCAAUGAUCCCGGCAUGGUGGGGAAGAGCGUCAAGACCGUGCUCAGUGACUUCAAGAAGACGAGGCAAGAUACUUGGCAUGUGGAUGUCAAGGCUUUCAAUCCCGAACAACUCGACGAUCUUGAGGGCGUGCUCUGGAAGAGCUACUUUGCCUAGUCUAACACGACACGUGUGGCUCAUUCCGUCUUCGGGCAAGAGUGGAGUGGACAACGAGAAGAGAAUGGAUGGAGAGGACAGAACGAAUAAUGAGCUUCAUACCCUUGGGACUGCUUUUUGCAUGCAUUGUUUGGAGCGGCAUUGCCUGGUGCAAGGAAGGUACUUCGCUUCAUGUUCCUCUUCCCUCCUAUAGGGGCUGGUGAAGGGCCUUUUGCGGUGUAUGUGUAGACUGACUUCGUCGAAUACUUCUCGGCAUGAAUGUUUCACGUCUACUGCUGCUUGGAUUCAUACAUCCUGUGUCUUUUGGGGGCGAUCUCUCGUGUUCCUCUCCGUUUCACGGUGUGGGCAAGUACAAGGACGAUGGAAGUCAGAGCGGGUGCGCAUGUUCAUAGGCAGCAAAGAGUUCACGGCAUCGGACAAGAACGAUUACACUCUACAGACAGGCAGCUGCCACUGUCGCGCUCUCUCAAAGAUGUGGCUGCAGGGCAGGACGCAUUGGAAACGGAGAUUGAACGCGUCUUUUAGAGGAUCGUGACUCCAACGCUGGCCCUGCGAAUGGGAUCGGACGGCACUUCCCUAACAGGCUAUCGUUCACUUGAGAUUUACAAGUCUUUCCAAUCCUUCCAGUGGAAUGAUACAUGACCCCAGUGGCUAUUUGGAACAAUUGAAUGCUGGGACGCGCUGCAUUUCCUCAGAAAUCGGCUUAGCGAGACGCCUAUCAUCUCCAGGCCCUGGAAGCUUUCCAAAGGUU